AUGGGUGUCCGCGAUGCUUUUCUCACUGAAAGAGAACUACAAAGAUAUCUGCGAAAGCAGAAAUAUCCCGACAAACUGGAGGAAAAGAAACAUCAUCUCGAAGAUUCUUUUAGACAAGAACAGCUUUUACCUAGGAAACGUAUAUGCCGGCAGCGGUCUUUACCACGUCAAAAGAAGAGCCAACAACACCAUGUACUAUAUGGACUGGACGUUGAUCUCAAUCGCCCCGGAGAGGUUGGGGGUAACAAGCUAGUUCCUGAAGUCACCUUCGAGCACGCUGUAACCAGUGCCACAAAGGGCACUUUUGCUGAACUUGGCGACUCAGGAUCGUUCGUUUUCACGGAGGGCGGGAGAGUGGUUGGGCUGUUCAUGGGGGGCGGAGGGGUUGAGCGAAAAGACGUCUUUUACUUCUCUUACAUUGAGGAUGUCUUUGACGACAUUAGGGCUGUCACUGGGGCCCAAGAAAUAGUGUUAUUUCAAUUUGAUAUGUCCCAAGGAAAUGUUGGCACUGAUCAUUCUGGUUGA